UCAUCUCCGAGUGACGCCGCCGUAGAGGGGGCGGGGCCACGCUUCGUGAGAGGUGUGUCGGCUGCCGCGGCUGCCCGCCUCGCUUCUGCGGGUGCUACGGCUCGUUCCCGACCGCCGGGAGCGGGGACGGGGACGGGGACGGGGACGGGGACGGGGACCGGGGCCGCGCCGCCACCUGCCCCCUUCCCUCGCGCCACGCUGCGCGGCCCCUCUGGUGCCCGCGGACACCUGCGGGCGCUCCCCUCCUCCACCCCCCCCCCGGCUCUUCCCUUUUAAACCCAGCUCGCGCAGUGCUCUGCGCGUGUGCGGCCUGGCGGCGGUUGAACGGUCAGCGCCAGCUCGGGAGCUGCUGGCGGUUUUAAAAGUGACUGCGCGAGCGCGGCCGGAGUCCCUCAGGGCGGCGGCGGUGGUCUCCGCCUGCCCUUUGCCCCCGCUGAAGGGGCCCGUGUGGCGACGGUCUUGUCCCUUGGCCGCUUCCUCCCCUCGCUUUCGCCGCAGCAGCACCGCGGAUCAGGUGGGGACGCCGCUCCGCGCCGUCGCGGCGGCGCAGGGGAGGCUUCGCCGCGUAGCUCCUAGUCUCGUCGCUGCCCUGAGCCAGCCCCGGCCCGGGGGGUUGCGGCUCCCGUGUCUCGUCUCCAGGUGUCACAGCAGCCGCGGAAGCUGUAGCGGUGCCCAGACGAAACGUCCGCUUUCUCGUGCGGUAUGCUUGCUCGAGUUUUAGAGCGUGUUUAGCGACUAGGGAAAUGACUACCCCAAACAAGACACCACCUGGUGCUGAUCCAAAGCAGUUAGAGAGGACGGGUACUGUUAGAGAAAUAGGCUCACAAGCAGUUUGGUCGCUUUCAUCGUGUAAGCCAGGAUUUGGAGUGGAUCAGUUACGAGAUGAUAAUCUGGAAACCUAUUGGCAGUCAGAUGGAUCACAGCCUCAUUUGGUGAACAUUCAAUUUAGGAGAAAAACAACAGUGAAGACUUUAUGUAUUUAUGCAGACUACAAAUCUGAUGAAAGUUACACUCCCAGCAAAAUCUCUGUCAGAGUAGGAAAUAACUUUCAUAAUCUCCAGGAAAUCCGGCAACUUGAAUUAGUGGAACCAAGUGGCUGGAUUCAUGUUCCUUUAACAGAUACUCAUAAGAAGCCUAUUCGCACGUUUAUGAUUCAGAUUGCUGUUCUAGCUAAUCACCAAAAUGGAAGAGACACUCACAUGAGGCAAAUCAAAGUGUACACCCCAGUGGAAGAGAGCUCUAUUGGUAAAUUUCCUAGAUGUACAACAAUUGAUUUCAUGAUGUAUCGCUCUAUAAGAUGAACUUUCUUAAUGAGAAACAACAAGAGGAAUUUUUCUUGAUGAGACUAUCAUUGUUUAAAUAUUCUAAUAUUUAAAACCAGGUUUUUCUUGAAUGUAACUAUAUCUUUACGUUUAUACUUUGUAUACUUUUGAAAUAAAAAUAGUCUUGUGUUACAGUA